ACAAUUGUGACCGUUAUUUCGACAAGUUAUUAGUGCGUGUGAAAUUCGCUUAAACGUUGCUUCCGUUCGGCAAAGUUUAUUAGUUGUGUGUGUUUGCUUUGAAACGUCAUAUUGAAUAGCAGUAAAUGAAAUUUGAUGAAGUGACAUCGUAAGGUCGAGACAAGCAAAACAAAAAGGUAUAAAUAGUGUAACAAUAAGUGGCGGAGUAACUAAAUAAAUAUAGUAUAUAUUUACCUAUAUUUGUACGUAUUAUAUAUAUACAUAUGUAUAUGUGUGUGUGAGCAAGUGUUGUGAAGGAUGUGGAAAUGGUAAAGUGUCAAAAAGUUAAAUACUUCUAAGCGAAAACCAAAAAGUUCGCAUGUCCCAGCGUGUGCGUGGUGACAAAAUAAAGUUUCAAUGCAUACAUACAUAUACAUAACGCAACCCGAUCAGCAGCAAAUAGUAAAGUUACCAGUCUACAAAUGAACUUUUGAAAAUUUCUACAACAAAAUAGUUAAAAAAAUUACCAAAGUUUUGUGGAAAAUAUAAAAAAAAGCUAAAUUCAAUACAAAAAAGGGCAGAAAGUACAGGAAGAAUUUGAAUAUACAAAAAUUUAAGUGUUAUAUCCCAAAAAUAACAACUAAAGUGUUGCAAACAAUAAGAUUUUAAAAAAUAUAUCAGUGAAAUAACAAAUAAGGAAUAAACAAAUAAAUAUCUUUUCAAUUAAAAUCAGUUAGAAAACCACAGAUAAUAAUAAUAAAAAAAAUAAUUCAUAGCAAUCAACUACUAAUAAAGUUAAAUAUUAUAUAUAACUAAAACCAUUGAAACCACAACAAAAAUUGUCUGAAUAUAAAUAAAAAUAGAGAAAAGUGAAUUUAAUACAGAUGUAUGAAUAAUAGCAAAGAUAUAAAGAGCAAAAACUAUAAUAUACUGUAAAAUAUACUAAAAUCAAUAAAUUUUUGAAAAAUUCUGAAAUACAAAAAAAUUUUAAAGUAUUGUAAAUUUUGUCUAAAAACUUUAAUAGAAAUACUUACAGGUAUUACCAUAAUUAUCAAAAAAUACAAAUAAAGUGAAAAUUAAAAAAAUAUAUUUACUGAAUUGUAUAAAAUCGAAAAAGUUUCAACAACUUCACUUGUUUAACUAUAAGCAACUAAUAAAUAAAGUGAAAACCAACAAACAGCUCAAGUUUGAUAUAGAUAGAGAUUGAAAAAAAUAUAUUAAUAAAUAAAACAUAAAUAUAUAUAAAAAAAAUAAAAUCUGAAUUUUUCACGCAUGAAAUUUACAGGUAUUUAUCCAACUAAAGUACUUAAUGCGGGUUGUUACUAAAAAAUAUUUAAAAUAUAUACCAUUGCAAAAAGCAGCAAAAAGUGUUUGAAUUAUACAAAAAUUGCAAUCAAGUAAUAAUAAGUGAAAGAAAAAUUUAAUAAUCGCGCGUAGUGUAAAUUUUGUGAAAGAAAAAAAUUCAUAAAUAUAAGAAAAUCAAAUUAUCUGUUAAAAUUAACAAAAUUGUGCACCAGAGCCAACAAAAAUUACAAAAAAAUAAGCGAAUUAUAUUACACGUCAGUGUUUUUACCUUUAAAAUUCAACUGCAUUAUAUUAACAGCAUCAGCAGCAAACAGCUAAAUCAGUCAAGAUGCUUUUCGAGAAUCCCGCAUUAGCCGCUAAAUUACCAUUCCCGUACAAUGUGCCACCACCAUUACAGGCGGCCGCCGCCGCAGCAGCAGUUCCAAAUCUAAGGUUUCAGACACCAAUAAAAGCCUUCACCUGCCUGACAACAGCAAGCAAUCCCAUUGAUAAUGCUGCUGCAGCUGCAGCCGCAGCCGCUGCUGGACUCAUCGAUCAACAACACCGUGACCUACACAAUGUGCUGGUCAAUGCUGCGGCUGUAAAUGGUACAUUGACCAAUACAGCAGCUGCAGUGCUAAAGAGUCAAUCGGCUCAACAACAACAAAAUAGCGCUGCUCAACAGACAGCUCAAGCACAAGCUGCAGUAGCAGCAGCAGCAGCAGCACAGGCGCAACAACAGUCACAGCAGAAUACUACAAAUAACAACGCUGCCGCACAACAACAACAACAGCAGCAGCAACAACAACAACAGGGGCAACAAAACACCAUGGUACUGCUGAAUGGUAAUGCUGGAGCAGUUGCUGGUGGUAAUAAUGGUACCGCCAAUGGUGCUGUUGUAAAGGGUAGUUCUUCUGGUAGAUCGACGCCUGUCAGUGGCAUUUCCACCACAGAUCCAGCACCAGGCAAACUUUUUGUUGGCGGUCUUAGCUGGCAAACAUCGUCGGAAAAACUAAAGGAAUAUUUCGGAGUUUUCGGCACCGUCACCGAUGUGCUAAUCAUGAAGGAUCCCGUGACACAGCGUAGUCGCGGUUUUGGUUUCAUAACAUUCCAAGAGCCCUGUAGCGUUGACAAAGUGCUACAGGUGCCCAUACAUACACUGGAUGGCAAGAAGAUCGAUCCCAAGCAUGCCACACCCAAAAAUCGGCCACGUCAAGCCAAUAAAACAAAGAAGAUAUUCGUUGGCGGUGUUUCACAAGACACCUCCGCCGAUGAGGUGAAAGCCUAUUUCAAUCAAUUCGGUACUGUGGAGGAAACCGUCAUGCUGAUGGAUCAACAGACGAAACGUCAUCGCGGUUUCGGUUUUGUUACAUUCGAGAAUGAGGAUGUUGUGGAUCGCGUUUGUGAGAUACACUUUCACACUAUAAAAAACAAGAAGGUUGAAUGCAAGAAAGCCCAGCCCAAGGAGGCUGUCACACCAGCUGCUGCACAACUGUUGCAGAAACGUAUUAUGCUGAGCACAUUGGGUGUGCCUAUACCGACAGCACAGGGUCAAUUAAUUGGUACACGUGCCGGCGUCACCACAAUGAGUUCAUUGGCCAUGUUGCAAGGGCCGUCACCAUUGCAAUUGCAUGCCGCUAAUGGCGCUGCAGCCGCUGCUGCACAACAGGCAGCGCUCAUCUCGCAGUCACCCUUCCAAGUACAAAACGCCGCCGCCGCUGCGGUCGCUGCCAAUCCGGCUAGCUUUGGCAAAUUGCUUACCACAUAUCCACAGGCCUUGCACAGCGUCAGAUAUGCACCAUAUCCCAUACCGACGAGUGCUGCCGCCGCCAACGCCUUGGUACAGGCGCAACAGCAACAUGUCGCGGCACAACAGCAACAGCAUGCGAAUGCUGCUGCCGCCGCUCAACAGCAACACACUGCCCAUGCCCAUGCCGCCGCUGCUGCCGUACAGCAACACAAUGCCGCCAAUACACAAGGCGUAUCCGCUGCACAGAGCGCACACAAUGCGCUUGCCGUUACCGGCCCAGGUGGCGCUGCGAAUGCGCAUGGCGCUCAGGCGGCACAUCAUCCGCUUGCCGCAGCCGCUGCACAACAAGCGGCUUUGGUCGCCGGCAAUCAAUUGAGCGCGGCCGCCGCUGCAGCCAAUCCAUAUCAGAGCUAUGCGCUAACCAAUGUGGACAUGUCCAGCUUUCAGGGUGUUGACUGGAGUCAAAUGUACGGCAUGGGCAUGUAUGUCUAAAGCGUAGCAUACGAAGUUGAAUUUAUUUUAAAAAAAUUCGAAUUGUGCGUUUUUUUUUUUGUUUUUUCGCUUGUUUUUCAACAACCAAAUGUGGAGUGUGCAGAAGUAAAAAUACUCUUUAUUGAAAAAAAAGCAAAUAUAUUUAUAUUUAUGGAAAUAAAUCCAUUUCAUGCUUACUAAUGCAUGCGCGCCAAGCCACAAUACAUUUCUUUAAACGCACGCUGUAAAUAUGUGUGUGUGUGUGCGCGCGCAUGCGCAUUGCAACAAUUACAACAAUUUGUGAUAAAUGCAUAGUUCUUGUUGUAAGCGUGAGCAUUGAAUUUUAUUACUUAAUUUAGUGAGACGCUGACUACGACAUACAUACAAUUUAAGUUCUCAAUAUCAACUUGAAUUAUAUUUAAACAAACAAAAAAGAAGAAAAUAAAAACACUACAAAUGUGUAUAAAUUGCUUAUUAUUAACAUAAUUAUUACAUAUAUGAAUUUAAGCAUACAAGUUAUGCGUGCGCUCUAUUUUUUUUGUUUUUGCUAGUUAUUUAGCUCAAGCCAACAUAAAGUAAUAAGCUCAUUUGCAAGCGCAUGCUACAAUAAUGUGGCAAAAAAGCGCCAAAGAGAUUUGCUUAACACCCAAAAGUGCGCGAAAUUACGCGUUUUUUGUUGGUAACGAAAAAAAGGCCAACGCAUAGAUUGCAAUAAUGAAUAAUUAUUUGAAAAAAGACACACUCUAGAGAGUAAAACAGCGCUAAAUAGCUCACCAGCUGCAGUGCUAUGCGCAUUAUAAUUAAAACUGCAAAGUAUAAACAUACAUGUAUUUAGUUAUAAGUGACUCAAAGCAAUGAAUACAUACAUAUAUAAGAAAAGAUAAGACAUGAAGGCGAAAUUUCAGUAUGCGCAACAUUUUAGUGGCGGCAAAUGGCAAUUUCUUACAUUUUGCGCGCGCAUGGCCCAAAAUUCAUUUGUCAAUUUCAGAAGUAAAACUCAAUGAUAUAUGUAAAUUGUGUAUUUGUUAUUGUUAAACAAAUGCCGCACUUAAGUAUUAUUACAAAAAAAAAAAAAAAAUGAAGUAAAAAAUUUUGUGUGCGCAUGCGAACAAUUUGUUCUGCGCCAAAAUAAUAUAAGCGCAUGUACUCAAGAAAAUAAUAAUAAUAAUAAAAAUGUUGAAAAAUUAACACAUAUAUAUAUAUAUUUAAUUUUAAGCAUCUAAGCAGAGCAUUAAACGAAGUAGCAAACAAAAAAAAAAAACGAAUACAACAAAAAAUGCUAAAGUAAUAU